AUUUUUUUGUAUGGAAGUGUGACCCUUCGGUGCCAUCAUAAAUAUUCAAAAAAAAAAGAAAAAGAGAAUUUGAAUUCAAGUUUUAUUUUAAAUUAAUUUUAAAUUUAAUGUUAAAAACAAACAAACGAAAAAUCAAAUUGAAUUUAAAGUGUCCAUUGGCCGAGAACUGCCAUGAAAAAUUUAAAUCUAUUUUUUUUUAAAUUCAAUGCAUUGUUCUGUGGUAAUAAUCAUAAACAAACAUGGCUGAAUGGUGCAGCAACACGCAGCUUAAAACUGAUUUAAGUAACUUUGUCAAGCAGAAUAUCCUAAGAAAUAAAAUUCUAAAUUUUGUGGAAAGAGAUUACCCAAGCUACGAUUGGAGCUUAAGAACAUUAGAUCGCAGGCUCAGAUACUUUAAGAUCUACUACAUUGAUAAAAACGUUACGAUCGAUCAUGCAAAACAGGCAGUGAAAAAAGAACUUAAGGAUCCUGGAAAUCUUUUAGGAUACCGUGCAAUGCACCAAAAAAUACGACAAAAAUACGACUUAAAAGUUCCGCGAGAUUUGGUGCAUAAUACAAUGUUUGACCUCGUGCCUGAACAAUUGGAAGAACGCCGUCCUGGUAAACGACACAAAAAAGAGAAAGAACAUUUCACUACAAAAGGCUCAGACUGGGUGUUAUCUCUAAAUUUUCAUGACAAACUUAUGGGGUAUCAAAAUGCCACGUUCCCUAUAGCAGUAUAUGGGUGUAUUGACACCUCAAGUAGAAAGCUAUUGUGGUUGAAAACGUGGAUCUCAAAUUCUAAACCAGAAAUCGUGGCUAAAUGGUACCUUGAGUACCUGUACCAAACUCGUACAUUGCCUGCAUAUAUACGGAUAGAUAAGGGAAGUGAAACUGUUAUCCUGUCUACAAUGCAUGCUUAUCUGAGAAGGAAUCACAAUGACCUUGAAGAUGCAACUGACAGUGUGAUAUAUGGUCCUUCAACAAGUAAUCAGGUAUGAGGAGUGAGGACAUUAUUUUUUACACUUCCCUACCAUACCCUCACAGCCCUGAAUGUCAAAAAGCAAUAAUUCUGCUUUAGGUUUUUGAUAAGAAUAAUGAGAUAAACACUCAGCCUUUAACACUAGUUCGGUUCUGACAUCAUCAAUAAUUGUUCCAUCAUUAUUAACGUACUUCGCUUGUUCUAAACUGUUCUGUGAAGUUUUUUGCUAAGAUGUGUGUUUGAAUUGCUCUUCUUGCAAAGCUUUCUACAUUUUCUUUAGUAGCUAAAGUUUCAUUCAAUUGUUCAAUAGUCUCCAAUGAACUAUUUAGAAAUUUUUUUAAAACAUACUCUUUUCCAUCUUUACAUUUUGCUCCAUAUACCUCGCGAAAGCCUCCCCGACUAAAUGGAUUAUCAUCGAUUAAGAAUUCCAUUACACUAG